AUGUACCUUUCGAUCCUGAUAUUUUUGACCGUACUAGGGGCUUCAUUUAAUCCAGUAGCCGCCAAGGAUCAUCAAAAGUCUUGUACAGUUCGAAGUGGCGGAAGCAAUACCACUGAUGAUGCUCCAGCAAUCUUGAAGGCAUUCCAAAAGUGUGGCCAAGACGGAAGAGUUAUCUUUGAACCCACGACAUACUAUGUCAACUCCGUGAUGAAUGUGUCUUGGCUAAAGAAUGUGGAUAUAGAUAUCCACGGAACCCUUUUGAUGUUUUCUGGCCGAGUCGCUGACGCCUCAUCAUUGCAGUGGAGCACUGAUAUUACCUACUGGCUGAACAAUUCAAUGGACGUUGGAUAUCAAAACCAAUCAACAGCCUUGAUAAUUGGAGGUGAUGAAGUUCGAAUUAAUGGGUUCGGAAAGGGCACAUUCGACGGAAAUGGUGACUACUGGUAUCAAUGGAUUAGAAAGCAACCAAAUACGUCCAACUACCCGGGCCGACCGCACGCUGUGACCUUCGAUAAAUUAACUAACUCGGUAGUUCGUGGUCUCAGCUUCUUGCGCAGCCAGAUGUGGACCAUGUCGAUCAUCAAUUCCCACAAUGUGUUACUUGAUAGUAUCUUCGUCAAUAACACUGGAAAUUGGGCUCAAAGCUCCAACACCGACGGAGCCGACACCAUCCGAUCAUCCCACAUUACGUUCAACAAUUGGACUGUUUACAAUGGCGAUGACAGCCUGUCUAUGAAGGCAAACAGUACUGAUAUUGCAAUUACCAACAGCAAGUUUUACAAUGGCUUGGGCAUUGCGAUGGGAAGUAUCGGCCAGUACAAGGACCAGUUCGAAACGAUAGAGAGAAUUACUGUCAAAAACGUUGAGUAUGAGAAUACGCUACACGCUUUCUAUGUGAAAACCUGGACUGCCGACCAAAACGGAUACCCACCUAAUGGAGGAGGCGGCGGACUAGGAUUUGCGUCCGACAUGCAACUUACAAACCUCACAGCUAAAGGACUUCGGGGUGCGGCCUUUGCAAUCUCACAGUGCACUCGGUUUUCAGGAGCCCCUGGCCAAGGCAAUUGCACGAACUCUGAAUUCCAGAUCAAGAACGUGGUGAUUGACGGUCUUUCCGGGACCAGCGAGUCAACACGAGUAGCGAGCUUGCAGUGCAGUGCAGUUGAACCUUGCACCAAUAUCACCAUAAUUGAUACCAGUUUGCAACUUGAUAAUGGGACUCUCGCAAAUGGGUAUCUCUGUGGAAAUGUCGUGAAUCCGGUAGGAUUUGAAUGUACUGGGGCCCCAUGUGUGGGUGGGAGUGCAACUGGGGAGUGCUAG